CAUUGCAAGUAACAAUAUUGCCAUUGCGGUUGCCUAAACAUUUCAUGGUGGCGACUGGCGAAACGAAACAAAAGAGAACGCCGCUCUCUACCACUCUCUCCCCUCCUCUCUUUCAUCUUUAAUUUACUCGCAUAUAUAGCCAUAAAUACUUGAACCAACUCCGCCACAUUCAGAUUUCAGAGAGAGAACUAAAUGACUCCGACUCUCUCACGUCUCCUCUCCUUCCUUCUUUAUCUUUCCAUUUCCCUCUCCUUUGCAAAUGGGAUUCAACUCAUAAUUGUAAAUAACUGCAAUGAGAGCGUUUGGCCCGGGAUCCUUGGUACUAUAGGCCAGCCAACCCCCAACGACGGUGGCUUCCAUCUCAACAGUGGCGAGGAGUCUGUAGUCGACGUACCUGAUAAGUGGUCAGGGAGGAUAUGGGGUAGGCAGGGGUGUUGCUUUGACGAAAACGGCAAAGGGUCGUGCGAGACGGGAGACUGCGGAGGCCUUGUGAAUUGCAGGGGAAUAGGUGGAGUGCCUCCGGCAACAGUUGUGGAGAUGACGCUCGGAACUUCCAGUUCGCCCCUACACUACUAUGACGUGAGUUUGGUGGAUGGAUUCAACCUUCCAGUGUCAAUGGUUCCAGUAGGGGGUGGGGGCAUUGGGUGCGGCAUUGCGGCGUGUGAGGCUGAUUUGAAUGUGUGCUGCCCGUCGGCGUUGGAAGUGAAGCGAGGAGACAGGAUUGUGGGAUGCAAGAGCGCUUGCGUGGCGAUGAGAUCGGCCAAGUACUGUUGCACUGGGGAUUAUGCCAAUCCAAAUGCUUGCAAGCCCACCAUCUUCGCUCAUGUCUUUAAGGCCAUCUGCCCACGGGCCUACACCUUUGCCUUCGACGAUUCAACCAGCCUUCACAAAUGCAGGGCGCCUCGUUAUCUUAUUACCUUCUGCCCUCCCACUCCAAAUCAGACUUGACUUGACCACAUCACAUGUACGCAUGAAAUUAAGAAAUUUAUUUAUUCUACUAGUUGUUUUUCUUUCAGGGCCGUUUCGUUUCUUUAUUAUGCCAUCUCAAGUAUGGGACGUUUUAGUUUAUUAGCUUCUUAUUGUUUGUCAUUUGCGCGCUAAAGAUGUUUUACACUUUGGGGUCUCCCUCGUCCCUCCCCCAUUUUUACUAUAAUUUAUUUUUAU